GCUGCCCCCGGAAAGUGAGCAUUUUAUCCCCGUAAUAGCCGUCCCCAAACUGAGCGGUGGCUGGGAGUUCUGAGUGUGGUGUGUGGUUCCUGAGUGGACAAUGACUCAGCAGAUUGUAGUUCCCAGGAUGGACUUAAUACAUACUAAAGCAUUUUUAAGCCCCCUAAAGGGGUUCCUGAUUUUGCCAUCCUCAACCCAAGAAGAGAGAAGUGACACCAUGAAUUGCAAUUUAGAUGACCUUCCACAUUUGUAUGCCAUUGGCAAUAUACAAAAUGUGAAUCAAAAAAUCUCUCAUUUAGAACUGGGAGUGAGAAGAUAUGACAGUAGUGAUGUAGUGAUUGAGGAUACGAUGCUGAGGAAAUAUACAGGACUGAAGGGUCCUAGAAAAGGAAGACAUAUAACCAAGGGGAAAGAGAAGGAUCAGGUAGUGAUGCAGAAGUCUGGCAGGCACAGUUCAGACGUGGAUACUUUAAGACAUCAGAGCAAAAUAGCUCAGAAAAAGGUGGUCACAGAAAAGAAUAAACUUGUAGAAUUGUAUCAGUACCCAGGAUAUCGUAAGGAGGAACUGACACCACUGCCCAAUGGAAUACAGAUGGAUGAAAUUUUGGAGAAAGUGAUUCAUGCUCAAAGUAAAACUGCAGCUGGGAAGACACAGUGGGCUGUGAAAAUGCUGCACAGGUUUCUUGAUGCUCCAUGUACCCGAGCUGUUUUGCUGGAUAGUUUCUGGUGGCAGUUCCUGCACCUGUAUCAUCCAAAUCGAGAAAUUCAGGGGCAUUUGUUUGAACGUAUUGCAGAAAAUUAUGCCCGCAUUCUAUUAGGCUGUCACAAGGUUUCCAACCAGGAAUGCAUCCUCAAAUUUUUUCCAUCACUACUGAGUCAAGCCGUGUACACCUGCUUCUGCUCCUGUUUCCCGAGGUCCUGGUUUAAUACCUCUGAAUUCAAGGCCCAGCUCUGUGAUGUAUUCUCCGAGUGGCUGGGAGGUACACUGCAUGAACCAAGAAGUUUCAAUAAAUGGGAUUAUUCCCAGUUGGAACCAGAACGAUCCAGGAGAGAAGAUUUGAUGUCAGGAAAGAAAAAAUUAGGGACUGACACUGAUGUUCCCUUUGAGAGCUACAAGCAAUACAGUUCAAAGGGAAAAGCUCACUUGCAAGUUCAGAAGGUAAAAUAUGAAUUAGUUUAUCUAUUAGUAUUGGAGAUACAGCCAUUUCUAUUUCUAUUCUGUUUGGAAUGUGAAGAAAAGAAUUUACCAAAUGCUAAGGCUAGAUUUCAUGUCAAUUAUUCAAGUUUUCUUCAUCUUCUGAUCUUGAAGCAGAUUCCUUCAAGAAAAGCAUUUAACAUAUUCAUUAAAAAAGCCAGGAAAACUGUAUCUGGGAAAAAAGAUCAAAAGCAGCUUUCCAAAAAAGUUAGCACAUUGAAAAGUAAAGAAAUAAAGCAUGCUGCAUCAAGUAUUGACCAGCUUAAAGAGGAUAGUGAGAAAGAUGUAUGGAGCAGCCACCAGAACUUACCCCCUCAAAAAUUAAAGAUAACUUUGCUUCCUCGAGAGUCACACCCAGCUUGCCGUGGUCCUGAGUUUACAUGGCAUCGCUUCAAUAUUAGUGGUCACAGCCCACUAAUUCAACAUUUCUUCCAGAAACAGUGUGCUGAAUCAAAAUCGGGAUGUGACAUAUUUCUGUCUAGGAGGGAGAUAUGCAAACCAAUGCCUGAUUCUGUCCAAACAUAUGCAGAAGUGAUCAAGGAAGGUUUUCAUAUCCUCCACCAGAGGCGCAAAGCCUUCAGAAAAUGUUAUUGGAAACAAUACAGAGAAAUGAGGAAUUUUGAGGAACAGAACAAGUAUAACCAGGAACUUUACAGACAAGCUAUACAAGAAGAGAUGAAGAAGAGAAAGGCACAAAAACAAAAAGAAUUGCUUUCUCUCAGGGAUGGGCAGAAUAGUUCAGAACCUUCAUCCCUGUUUUCAAAAGAUUCAUCUGGGAAACACUCUAGUUAACUUAGAUGUCUCCUUUUGAACUGGACAAGGAUUAAAUUCACUGGAAGCAUGUUACAAAAAGACAAUUUAAAUAAAAUUAGUGAACCUAGGUUUGGUACAAAAUGUAAAUGCAUUGCUAAUUAAAAAUAAAUGAGUACUACUACAUUAAGGGGGAAGCAUAAGAUAAUGCUUUGAGAACACUACUGGAUAUAGUUUCUUUUAUUACUUCUGAAUAUGACAUGUAUAAUUAUUUCCCAUUAUAUUUGAUUUUGUUGUCAUUUUUUGUCCAGUUUAAGAAUAUAUUGACUCUAAAUUGGAUUAUUUUCAGCUUUUCUAACACCAGUUUCAUCUUAGACUGAACAGAUAAAGUAUUAACAGCAAUACUUCUUUUUUAAAGAAUUAUAAUAUGUAGGUUUCCUUUAGAAUGUUUAAUCUGUUAUCUGAAUUCUACAUUUUAGCUCCUAAUGAAUCUUAUGUGCCGGGUGUUAUUUUUCUUUGUUCCCCCACCUCAGCCCUAGUAAAAGAAAUUUUUUAAAGUAUCUCUUUUUAAAGAACAGCAUUUCCAAAUAUUAAAAUGUUUAUCCAUAUUGCAGUACAUAAUGUAUUUUUCAACUUAUGCUAGCACUGUUAUGUCUGUAAUAUGUUAUAAUUAUGUUGUAAUUUGAUUAUGUUGUAAUUAUUACAACAAUAGAUAUGGAUUGUAAAUAUAUCAAAUUAAGAGAAGUCAUUGUUUCUUUCUAUUCUGUGUUUGUCAGACCUCAUCUAGAAUAUUAAGUUCUGAGCACUUCCUUUUAAGGAGGACAUUGCUAAACUGGAGCAUGUGCAGAGGAGAGCAACCAAGAUAAUAAGUGGCCUAGAAAUUUAAAUUUGUAAGGAACCAUUGGAAGUGUUGAGUAUUCUCAGCCUGAAGGGAAAACUGGGGAGACAUGAUAAGUCUCCUCAAGUAUCUGAAGGGCUGCUAUAUACAAGUUGGGGCAGAAUUGUUCAAGUUGUUCCUGACGAUAUGACAAGAAAAAUUGAGCUUAAAGGAGGUAGAUGUUUUCAUUUGGUCACAAGAAAAAAUCCUAACAGUAAGAGCUGCUCUUCUAUCUAGCUGUUCUUAAUUGUUAGGAAGCUUUUUCUUAAAUCCAUUAUUCUGUGUUCUUUGGAAUGGUACAGCAGCGUUUCCCAAUCUUGGCAACUUACUGUGGAAUUCUGGGAGUUGAAGCCCACAUAUCUGGAAAUUGCCAGGGUUGGGAAAGUGAUACAGAGCAAGGCUUGACCAUCUUCUGUGGACAUCCUUUCAGGUUUUUGAAGAGUACUAUUAUAUCCCUGCUCAGUCUUAAGUACUCUCUUCAUAGUACUUAAAGAUUAGUCCUGAGGUCAUCCAUUUUUCUGAAUAUGUUCCAGUUCCUCUGAAUCUUUGAAGGGUGGUGCCCAAAACUGGGGAGAAUACUUCAGUUGGGAGUCUGACGAAGCAGAAUAAAAUUGGAUUUUUUGCCCCAGGUGUCUUGUGCUAUUGUGCAUAUGCCGCAACCAUCCAUGUCACAGUCACUUAAAUCCUAAAAACCUCUGGCGCUUAACCAAGGCUGAAAGCAACCUGGCAUAAUCAGAUCCCAGAGUUUCCUUUUUGGACCAGCCAUCCUGGGAAUCCUCCACUGGAAAAUGUGACCAAUAAGCAUCAACAACUCUUUUUACUUUAUCAUUUUGGACCAUCUCUGGUCAUUCCUCAUCAUGCCUCAUCACACAUACAACUGGUGUCUGUGUGAACUGAAAACAUCUUUAUUUGCAUUUCUAUUGUAUCAUGAAUUAAUCUACUUCAACUUUCCUUGCCAUGAAACAGUAAAUUUCUUUUGGACUGUGAGAAACCUUUGUACUGUAUAAAAUAAAGCUGUGUAUUAAAUGGUAUGUAUGUAUUCUUGUGAAAGC